GUAAAAUCUGAUCCACUUUGACGGUUCAAUGAGUUUUGUAUGACAAACUAAUAGCUCUGAUACGGGAAAGGAGAAAACAUCACUACAGCCAGAUAGCCGAUAACCUUGUAUGCGAUAGGCAAUAUUUAAAACAGGCAUGCUAUAAGUGCGUGGGAACUUGACUCGCAAGGAUAACGUAGAAAAGGGAAUAGGAAAGGAUCGCAACCUGGGAAACAGUUGAGAUCCCGAGAAGGAGAAGAUUAACGAAGAAGUGAGCUACUUGGAAUAUCGUGAGAGGUGGCUGCCGCCCUGCGCCGGAAGUCGCGUGUCGACGGCGGCAGCCUAUACUCCCACCCUGGUCUCUCGAGCGUUCUUACGUUCUAGCAGUCGACCAACCUGCAACCAACACAAUUACCUGGCUGACUUCUAUAGACGGCGAAUCACGUCGGUAGAAGGUUUACUUGCCCGUGGUGGUUCCCCCGUACCCUAACGAACCCCCGGAGCUGAGCGCCGAUUGGUCGAUCCUGGUUUGCCAGGAGGCCGAAAGCCACCCUCUUCUGGUGCAACCGUCUGGCGUCUUUAGACGUUUAGACUCGUGAGGACACCCGUGCAACCAGCACGCGCACUCACUUUACCCUCGGGAUCAUUUUUACAUUUUAAUAUUACACUAGAUUACGUACUCUCGAGGCUACUCUUUCAUCGUGAAACCCCGUUAAGGCUCCAGCUUAAGGAUGCUAUCGUUUUUUAAGGAUCCUCUGUGCCUGCGAAACGAAUCAGUGGGAAUUCUUGUGAACCUUCGCGUGAGAGACUGAAUUGCGUGGGUGGCAGCGUAAUCGGGAAUGAUAUCGUGGCUGUGUGAUUCUUUGGAAUUUUAUGGAUGCUCGAGAGUCAAGAAAAAGGAUUAAGACCCAGUGAGAGUCAGAUGUUUCUUUUUUUGUUUUUUUCGAAGAUUCUCCCUGAGGAAGGUGUACCGUACGAGGUGGUUGCCGAAUCAGUGAGCGUUACAGUGUGAAGCGCAAUAUUAUUGCAUAAGUGGAACAUCAUGAUUUGGUAUUGGAAGGAAUGUCUACGCAAAGUCCUGCGUGAGGUAAAAUGAGCAGCAGCAAUAAAAAGCCUUCGGGCGGUAAAGACGACAAGAAGAAUCCUUCGAGCAAAGAGGAGAGUCCUGCCGGCGGUAAGGAUGACGGCGGCUCGGGAUCUACCGGAACCAAUGGAGGAGCAAGUGGAGAACCGUCGCAGCCAGGAAGUAAGCCUGGUUCCGCAGGGGCGACGGCGAGGGAAGGUGCCCAGAGAUUGUUGGGCCUUGCGGCCCGAGGGGAAUGGGCCCCGGUGGAUCAGCUGCUUAAGUCUUUGGAAAAGGCGGCGCAAAGCGCCGGAGAUGAUGGGAAUCCGGCGCCCUUGGCAGGCCUGAUGGACCCGACGACUGGAAUGACACCCCUCAUGUACGCAGUGAAAGAUAACAGAACAGGAUUCCUGGACCGGAUGAUAGACCUAGGUGCAGACGUUAGCGCACGGAACAACGACAAUUACAAUGCGCUCCACAUAUCUGCAAUGUACUCCAGGGAGGAUGUCGUCAAAUUGCUUCUGGCCAAAAAGGGUGUUGAUCCUUAUGCUACCGGAGGGUCAAGACAACAAACUGCCGUCCAUCUUGUUGCCUCCAGACAGACCGGAACAGCCACUUCGAUUUUACGUGCUCUAUUGGCAGCGGCCGGAAAGGACAUCCGCCUUAAAGUCGAUGGCAGAGGAAGGAUACCGCUUCUUCUGGCUGUGGAGGCCGGAAACCAGUCGAUGUGUCGUGAACUUCUAGCCCAACAGGCUCAGGAUCAAUUACGUGCUACCACACCCGCAGGCGACACGGCCCUUCAUCUUGCAGCUCGAAGAAGGGACGUCGACAUGGUCCGUAUCCUGGUGGAUUACGGCGCCACUGUAGACAUUCAGAAUGGCGAAGGUCAGACGGCUCUCCACAUCGCGAGUGCCGAAGGUGACGAGACUCUGGUCAAGUAUUUCUAUGGCGUAAGAGCAUCCGCCUCCAUAGCUGAUCAUCAGGAUAGGACUCCUAUGCACUUGGCUGCUGAGAAUGGACAUGCUUCCAUAAUAGAACUCCUCGCCGACAAGUUCAAAGCCAGCAUCUUCGAGAGGACCAAGGAUGGCUCGACUUUAAUGCACAUAGCGUCCCUGAACGGCCAUUCGGAAUGUGCUACUAUGCUAUUCAAGAAAGGAGUUUAUCUCCACAUGCCUAAUAAACGGGGUGCGCGUUCGAUCCACACGGCGGCCAGGUACGGCCACGUGGGGAUAAUCAGUACUCUUCUACAGCGUGGAGAAAAGGUCGAUGCUACUACCAAUGAUAAUUAUACGGCUUUGCACAUCGCCGUCGAAAGUGCCAAGCCUGCCGUCGUCGAAACUCUUCUCGGAUAUGGGGCGGAAGUGCACGUCAGAGGUGGGAAACUUCGUGAAACUCCUCUCCAUAUAGCGGCAAGGGUACCGGACGGCGACAGGUGUGCUCUGAUGCUACUAAAAUCUGGUGCUGGGCCCAACUUGACUACGGACGACGGUCAGACGCCUGUCCAUGUGGCAGCAAGUCACGGGAAUUUGGCUACGUUGCUUCUUCUUCUGGACGAUGGCGGAGAUCCUAUGUUCAAGUCAAAGAACGGGGAGACUCCUUUGCAUCUCGCAUGCAGAGGAUGCAGAGCGGAUGUGGUCAGACACUUGAUUGAAUUUGUCAAGGACAAGAAGGGUGCUGAUGUGGCCACUUCCUACGUGAAUAGCGUGACCAACGAAGGCGCCAGCGCACUUCACUAUGCGGCCCAAGUAGAGCCUUCCGAAGUGGUUAUUCCAGGGGACGAUCGAGCUGUGGUCCGAGCACUUUUGGAAGGCGGUGCAGACGUCUCCCUGCAGACGAGACAGGCUCAGGAAUCAGCUUUCCAUCAUUGCGCCUUAGCAGGAAACAACGAGGUCCUCGCGGAGAUGAUAAGUCACAUGUCGGCGACCGAAGUCCAAAAGGCCUUGAACAGACAAAGUGCUGUCGGAUGGACCCCUCUCUUGAUAGCGGCUCAUCGCGGGCACAUGGAACUCGUGACCACCUUGUUAGCCAAUCAUGCGAGAGUCGAUGUGUUCGACCUCGAAGGACGCUCUGCUCUUCAUCUGGCAGCGGAGCGUGGCUAUCUUCAAGUCUGCGAUGCCCUGUUGGCCAGCAAAGCCUUCAUCAACUCAAAAUCGAGAGUAGGACGAACUGCGCUUCACCUGGCGGCGAUGAACGGCUAUACGCACCUGGUUAGGUUCCUAAUCCAGGACCACAGUGCUGCUAUAGACGUACUCACCCUCAGGAAACAGACGCCACUUCACUUGGCAGCUGGUGCGGGCCAGCUGGAAGUAUGCAAGCUUCUGCUGGAAUUAGGCGCCAGUAUAGAUGCGACCGACGACCAGGGUCAAAAGCCCAUCCACGCAGCGGCUAUGAAUAACUAUGCUGAAGUGGCGCAGCUCUUCCUACAAAAACAUCCCAGUCUUGUAAUGGCCUAUACGAAAGAUGGGAACACUUGCGCCCACAUAGCAGCCAUGCAGGGCAGCGUCAGAGUGAUCGAGGAGCUGAUGAAGUUCGAUCGGCAAGGCGUCAUUUCCGCCGGAAAUAAACUUACCGAGGCUACGCCACUUCAACUAGCUGCGGAAGGCGGUCAUGCAGAAGUAGUAAAAGCUUUGGUCCGCGCUGGGGCAUCCUGUGCCGAUGAGAAUCGUGCAGGGUUCACUGCAGUUCAUCUGGCAGCUCAACACGGCCACGGUCAAGUCCUUGAGGUAAUGAGGUCCUCCCAAUCCCUCCGGAUCUCCAGCAAGAAACUCGGCGUGACAGCCUUACACGUUGCUGCCUACUUCGGUCAAGCCGAUACCGUCAGAGAACUUCUGACCCACGUUCCUGGAACAGUAAAAUCGGAUCCUCCGACGGGUGGUUCGCUGGUUGGUGAACUAGGAAGCGAGUCGGGGAUGACACCCCUUCACCUGGCAGCGUACUCCGGAAACGAGAACGUCGUCAGGCUCCUCUUGAAUUCGGCGGGAGUCCAGGUCGAGGCUGCCACCACGGAGAAUGGAUUCAAUCCUCUUCAUCUGGCCUGUUUCGGAGGUCACAUCACGGUGGUCGGCCUUCUGCUGAGCAGAUCUGCCGAAUUAUUACACAGUGCUGAUCGUUACGGGAAAACCGGGCUGCACAUAGCUGCUACUCAUGGCCAUUAUCAGAUGGUCGAGGUUCUCCUUGGUCAGGGUGCUGAGAUCAAUGCCACGGAUAAGAACGGCUGGACCCCGUUGCAUUGCGCAGCCAGGGCAGGCUACCUCGAGGUCGUCAAACUCCUGGUGGAGAGUGGCGCUUCUCCGAAAAAUGAAACAAACUUGGGAAGCGCUCCGAUAUGGUUCGCAGCCUCCGAAGGCCAUAACGACGUCCUGAAGUACCUCAUGGAAAAGGAACACGACACCUACGCCUUGAUGGAAGACAGAAGGUUCGUCUACAACAUGAUGGUGUGCAGCAAGAACAACAACAACAAGCCUAUCGAGGAGUUCGUCCUGGUGUCGCCGGCUCCGGUCGACACGGCAGCCAAACUCUCGAAUAUCUACAUAAAGCUGUCAGAGAAGGAGAAGGAACGUGCCAAGGAUUUGAUAGCGGCUGGCAAACAAUGCGAAGCUAUGGCGACGGAGCUUCUGGCCUUGGCAGCUGGUGCGGAUUCGGCUGGACGCAUUCUUACGUCCAUGGACAGGAGGAACGUCGAGUUCCUGGACGUACUGAUAGAGAAUGAACAGAAGGAAGUCAUAGCUCAUACCGUGGUCCAGCGGUACCUUCAGGAACUUUGGCAGGGAAGUCUGAAUUGGAACGCCUUCAGGACGAUUCUUCUCUUCGUCGCCUUCCUCAUCUGUCCGCCAGUCUGGGUCGUCUUCGCCUUGCCCUUAGGACACAAGUACAACAACGUCCCAAUUAUAAAAUUCAUGUCUUACCUGACCUCCCAUAUUUAUUUAAUGGUGUUCCUCCUGCUCGUGGGCAUCACUCCGAUAUAUCCUGUGGUUAGACCGAAACUUAUCCCAUACUGGUACGAGGUGUGUCUCCUGGUGAUGUUGUCCGGUUUGCUCCUAUUCGAGCUAACGAACCCUAGUGACAAAAGUGGCUUAGGAUGGAUCAAAUUGGCAGUGCUACUCUUCGGUAUGUUCGGCGUGGCCGUUCAUCUGAUGGGUUUCUGCGGCAUACCUGAAUAUCGCUGGCCGACGUUGCUCUACCUGAGGAAUCAACUCUUCGCCUUGAGCUUCCUUCUGGCUUGCGUCCAGAUCCUCGACUUCCUGUCCUUCCAUCAUUUAUUCGGGCCCUGGGCCAUCAUCAUCGGCAACCUCAUGAAGGACUUGGCCAGGUUCCUCGCAGUGCUGGCCAUCUUCGUCUUCGGCUUCUCCAUGCUCUUCGUUGCGCUCAAUCAAGCGUUCGAAAAUGGACCAAACAAAAACAUCAAGAUGCUGGACGCAUCGAGGAAGAACGCCUUCUCCGACGAUAUGUUGGCCAAUGAUACGGAAUGGACGACGGAGACGCAAACACUGGGGCCACAUCGGCGCUUUGGGCGCUACAAGAAAAAGAAUGAGUGUUGUGACGAAAGCACCCGAGAUUUAAAGAUGAACCCGGUACUCGCCUUCGAGUACCUGUUCUUCGCGGUCUUCGGCCAAACGACCCACAGCGAGCUCAAGGUCGAGACUGCGCAGCCGGAGUGGACCUCGGUCCUCUUCAAGCUGGCCUUUGGCGUUUACAUGUUGGUCUCGGUAGUGGUGUUAAUUAAUCUGCUAAUUGCCAUGAUGAGCGACACCUACCAGAGGAUACAGGCACAGUCAGACAUUGAGUGGAAGUACGGACUCAGUAAACUGAUCCGAAACAUGCACAGAACGACCACAGCGCCGUCUCCAUUGAAUCUUCUGACAACCUGGAUAGUCUACUUCAUUAAGGUAUGCAAGCAACGGGCGGCCAAACGGAAGCGGCCGUCCUUGGUCCACAUGAUGGGACUUCAGAGAACAGGUCGUAUGUCGCCGCGAUCGAAAAUGGGAGCCAAGUGGUUGGCCAAGGUGAAGAAAGGUCAAGUCCGACCAAAAGACAGCGUCACGUUAUCCGUGGUCCAUUUGAGUCCUUUGGGAAGCCAGCUGUCCUUCAACAGCGUGACGAGGAUCGAGAGUGUCGUCGAUUGGGAUUCUAUUCGCAAGAAGUACCUAGCCUUGACUGGUAACGAGCCUGAGAAGGACGUGGAGAAGGACGAAAAGGAGGAGGAAGACCAGAACGAAGAGGAACACGGAGCUACGGCCUCUAAUGCUUCUACGGUGCCAGCCACGGGCUCCACUCCUCCCAUCUAAGGGCCUCGAUACUUCCGGUGCUGUGGCAAGGACCAUGUCCGUUAGAGAUAGGACGCUGAGCAUCUAGAUUUAGAAGCUAUAAGAGAAUAGAGACGUAUCGUCGGAAGACUGUAUUUUUACGAAAUAAAAGCUCAUCCGCAGCCCUCAGCGGGUA